GCGCCUCCCAGCGCCGGGCGCGCCCACCCACGUCGGCGGACACGCGCACGCUCACGUCGGCGCGCACGCUCACGUCGGCACGCACGCAGCGUCCGGCACGCGUCCACGCCCGGAAGGACCGCAGCGCGGGACGCUCUGGUCGGCAGAGGCCCCGCCCCCGCGCCGCGAUGUCGUACAUGCUCCCGCACCUGCACAACGGCUGGCAGGUGGACCAGGCCAUCCUGUCGGAGGAGGACCGCGUGGUGGUCAUCCGCUUCGGGCACGACUGGGACCCCACCUGCAUGAAGAUGGACGAGGUGCUCUACAGCAUCGCCGAGAAGGUUAAAAAUUUUGCAGUAAUUUAUCUCGUGGAUAUCACAGAAGUGCCUGACUUCAACAAGAUGUACGAGCUGUACGACCCGUGUACUGUCAUGUUUUUCUUCAGGAACAAGCACAUCAUGAUCGACCUGGGUACCGGUAACAACAACAAGAUCAACUGGGCCAUGGAAGACAAACAGGAAAUGAUAGACAUCAUCGAGACUGUGUACCGGGGCGCCCGGAAAGGCCGCGGCCUGGUCGUUUCUCCAAAGGAUUACUCCACGAAGUACAGAUACUGAGCUCGGCCCAGUCUCUGUGCGCAGAAGUGGCGUGGAGUCGUUUUCAUGUGGAAAUAUUGGAAACUAUUUAAAGCCUUAGAGCCAGCGUUUGGAAGAGAAUCUGAAGAUCACAGGGUUGGUUGGAGUGCUGUAGGGCUUGCAUGGCCUCAACUCUGCCAGCCUGGCUGUUGUAUUUUUUUUCUUUUUUUUUAAGAUUUUGUUUAUUUACUUGGCCCAGAGAGAGAGAGCGAGAGAUCACAAGUAGGCAGAGAGAGGGGGAAGCAGGCUCCCCACUGAGCAGAGAGCCCAAUGUGGGGCUCGAUCCCAGAACCCUGGGAUCAUGACCUGAGCCAAAGAUAGGCACUUAACGCACUGAGCCACCCUGGCACCCCUGGCCGUUGUAUUUUUAUAUUAGCAAAUACCUGUAAAUAUCUAGCCAAAAUAAAUAAAGCACUCAGUGAUGGGAAGUUGUAAUUGCUGUUUCUUACAGAUGGGCCAUGCAGGGGUGCCUGGUGGCUCACUGGGUUAAAGCCUCUGCCUUCAGCUCAGGUCAUGAUCUCAGGGUCCUGGGAUCGAGGCCCCGCAUCGGCCCCUCUGCUUAGCGGGAAGCCUGCUUCCUCCUCUCUCUCUGCCUGCCUUUCUGCCUACACGUGAUCUUUGUCAAAUAAAUAAAUAACAUCUUUUAAAAACAAUUGCCAUGCAGGUUACUGAUUUUGGCAGUCAGAGUUACUGGACUUCUUUCCCAUGGGAGUGGAGUUCAAGUGUGUGUUCUGUAGGACCCUGUGUUUGAUGCGUCCUGUUGGGGGCGGGGAGUGGCGUGUGAGCCUCCCAGGGCUAACCUAGCAAAGUAGCCCAGACGGGAGUGACAUCGGACAGGAGCAGGCUUCCAGAUCUGAAAGCAAGAACUCUAGAUCCAGAGGUGGUCAGGGCUGGGUCCUUUGGGGCUGUGCUGGAGAAUCGGUCUCUUGCCCCUCUCCCAGACCCUGCUGCUUUCUGGUGAUCGUUGCCUGCUUCGGCCUGAGGCUUCGCCCCAAUCCUGGCCUUCAUCUUCACAUGGCCUUCUCCCUGUGUGUGUGUCUGUGUCCACGUUUCCUCUUCUUAUAAGGGCACUGGUCACUGGAGAGGGCCGUCCUAUCUCCAAAUAAGGUCACAUUGUACUGGGGAUUGGAACUCCUGACACAGGCAGGGUGCGCCUGGGUGGCUCUGUCGAUGUGAAGUGUCUGCCUUCGGCUCUGGUUAUGAUCUCAGUCCUGGGAUCGAGCCCCGCAUCAGCUCCCUGCUCAGCAGGAGCCUGCUUUUCCCUCUCCCUCUCCCUCUGCCCCUCCCCUGCUUGUGCUCUCUCUGUCAAAUAAAUAAAAUCUAUUUUUAAAACUCC